AUGGUGUCGUACGUCACUGAGACUCUGCCUGCCACUGCGCAACGCCUGGAUGAGGUUUCAGCAUGGCAAAGCGACGACGAUAGCUGUGCUCGCAUCAUCGAGUAUCUGCAGCACGGCUGGCCUGCUCCUAGCGAUGCUCCUCCCGUAGUGCAGUUUCUUAUAGAGCACAGCGCACAUUUCAGCCUCACGGACGACGGCUUGAUUCUGUACGAUCAGCGUCUCUACAUACCUCCCGCUCACCAGCAAGAAAUCCUGGCUCGCCUUCACCAGGGUCAUCAAGGCAUCACCAAGUGCCGACGCCUGGCCCGCACUUCUGUAUGGUGGCCAUCGCUCUCGUCGGACAUAGCUACUCUUGUCCAAACAUGUGAAGAAUGCAGUCGACACCGCUCUCAGCCACCCGAGCCUCUUCUCUCAACUCCACUCCCAGAGUUUCCUUGGCAACAUCUGGCCGCAGACUUCUUCACCAUCGACGGUCGCAACCACCUCCUCGUCAUCGACUACUACUCUCGGUUCAUCGAGGUCCUCGACAUGCCCUCGCUCUCCACAGCUCGUACAGUCAGCCAUUUCAAGUCACUGUUCGCUCGCCAUGGCAUCCCUGACUCUCUAACGACCGACAACGGACCGCAAUUCACCAGUGCUGAAUUUGCCCAGUUUGCAUCCACCUAUGGCUUCCGCCACGUCACCAGUAGCCCUCUCUAUCCGCAAGCCAAUGGCAUGGCCGAGCGUGCUGUUCGCACGGUCAAAAGUCUGUUCCGUCAGGGCACUGAUUGGCACCUCGCACUACUCGCGUACCGCAACACUCCCUUGGAGAAUGGUAAGAGUCCAGCCCAGCUUCUGAUGAACCGCCAGCUGCAGUCACUCUUACCUCUCUCUCCAACACAGCGACAGUCGCAUCCAGUCGAUCAGAGCGACCUGCGUGCCGCGGAUCAGCGCUUAAAGGAUCGCCAAAGCACCAACCAUGCCAGUCGCCAUGCAGCCCGGACACUGCCGUCUCUGUGUCCCCAACAGCCUGUGUAUCUACCUGAUCGUGAAGAGUCUGGCCACGUGAUGAGCCAACCAGCCUUGCGCUCCUACAUCGUAGCAACCCCAUCGGGCCAGUUCAGACGCAACCGGCGGCAUAUUGUCCCAAUGCCAACGCCGCAACAGUUGCCGCCUGCUGGUCACUCUGCCGCUACUACCGAUCCUGAUCCCCCAGCCAGUCAACCUUCUACUCCGCCGUGUCCUGCAGUUCCCAACUUGCCAUCGACCCCUCCAGCUCAAGACCAGCCUGAUAAGUAUGUCACGGCUCGCGGCCGUGUCGUUCACGCUCCCGAUCGCUUCUAA